UAUAUUGCAUUUUAUUAUAUUGUUAUCUAUAGAAAUGAGUUUCCUAAGUGAAUUACAGAAACAGAAAAAGAAACUAAAAGAAACUGAAACCAUCAUAACUAAAGUGGAUGGAAAAAGAUAUAUUGAAAUAGGCCAAAAGGUGAAACAACUGAAUGAAAAAGUCUAUGGUUUUGUAGUUGACACAAAACCAGAUGACAUUCCUGUUCUCAUAAUUGAUCAUCUGUACAUUGGCUCCCAAGAUUGUGCAGUCAAUAGGAUUUUAAAAACUUACAACAUCAAACAUGUUUUAAGUUUAGGUAUACAAGUUACUGUUGAAGUCGAUAAUAAGUUUAUUAAUAUAAUGGAUUUACCUGAAUCUGAUAUUAAGCUUGUAUUGACAGAUUGUUUACCAUUUGUAAAAAAUGCCAUAGAUAAUAGUGAAAACGUUCUUAUCCAUUGUAAUGCGGGCGUCUCGCGGACAUCUAUGGUAACCAUCGCUUAUUUAAUGCAGUACGAGUUGAUGAGUUAUGAAAAUGCUUACAAUUUAGUAAAAAGCAAACGCCCAGCUAUACAACCUAAUGAUGGUUUUAGAAAACAAUUACUUUGCUUAAAACCAGGUGAUUGUAUAUAAAAUGCUUAUAAAUAAAUAUAUUUAUGAAAUUCAAAAUAACGAUUCCCUUCUUCUAUAAGAUGGUAAAGCAAAUUAAAUAAAAAAUACAAAUAUUUGACAAACAAAACUUUAUUCUCUAAUAAAUACGUACAAACGCCAUUAUUAUAAUAUAUGAGGCGAUAGCACUGUAUGGGGUCUUAUUAUUUCUCGAACUUGCGUGGUUUGCGUGGGAUCUUCAUUAUGUUUUGUAAGACAAUUUACAAUUACACACCUUUUAGUCCAAGAUAAUAGUUUGAAUGCGUUAAUAAUGUAAUGGGAGACCCGGAAUGCUUCGGUCUUAAUAUUUCGUAAGAAGAUUUCACUUCAAAUAAAUUAAUUUAAAGAAACUAUCACACAACCGAUAUAUGUUUUACAUUUUUUAAAUAGAUGUUUCUGAAGGUCUUAGCCAAAAUUGCCUUAUAAAACAAGUUUGUAAAACAAUAAAACCUCAUAAUAAAAUCCUUAUUCUAUUAAACCGUAUUGGAAGCGCUUUUCUAAGGUACAUUUUUUCAAUAGCACCAAUUUAUAAGUACAUGAAAUUGAUUUGCCGCACUUUUAGUUUAUACACAAAAUCGUAUGCGAAUGGACAGCGUCCUAUUUAUUUGAUAAGUAGAAUUUAUCGGUCAUUAUUUACGGUGGGUUUGAACAACAGAAAUUGAAGAAAGCCAUUGAAAAAAAAAACAAACCAUAAUCAGUUUAAGGUUAUGUUUUAAAUUUGUAAAUUUGUAAAUUUUUAGAACGCAGUAAGUUAUAAUAAAAUUAAGAUACACAACGUAGGUAAACAAACAGUGUAAAACACACAAUAUAUUUGUUUUGAGCAAAAUGAAAAGUACAAUAAAAUCAUUUACCACAAAAAAGGUAAAUUUCAACGCACAAAUUUACUUUAACUGCGAGUCGGGCACGACUAACAUUUGACUUCUUAUCGUAAUCAGAGCGCGCGGCUCAUAGAAUGAUAGACCCGAAGAUGACAACACAAAAAAAUUUGAUGAUUUGUACUUGGUGGUAGUUCUUAACGGGAAAUUCUAAUGCGUAAUUAGAAUGAUAGUCAUAGCCGUCGCGUUAGCCCAAUCGCGUGGGCGAUUUUUGAUUUCAUCAAAUGUCGGACAAGGAGCGAAAAUUUAACCAUUUGUUCCAUCCUUGUAUUUUCCGGUAGGUUGUUAGAAAAGAACAGAUAUCAAAAUUAUUAUGAUCUUAUGUAAUCAUCUUUCGGCUUAUUGUUAUAACGAUAACUUUUCAAUUUCCAUACAAAUAGCGCUCGAUAACGAUACGAUUACUUUGACGAUAGUUUUCGUGCCCGCGCUACACCGGUGACUAUUUCAUAUCUUUUCUUUAAAAAAGAAAAAAUAAUUUAUUAGCUUUGCACGUGGUUCGUGGCUGCUUCUAAGCAGUUUUAUAUAUAGAAUAUUAACUUCUCAGAUUCACGUCACUGUUCAACUUUUUCACCACUAUGCUCUGUUGAAUCACUUUUCUGAAUUGAAUAAACUAAAGGAUCAUAUUAUUUAUCCUUUUCAUCAUUCACAAUGAUAAAAUGUUUCAUCAAAUGCUAUGCCGGUUGCCCGCUUAUAUUUAUUUCGUUAUCUUAUAACUUUAUUUCUUUUUUCUCGUAUUUUAAGCUGAGAGACAACACUAACAGCCAAUCAAGAUCGAACGGUUGGUCACUUCUUGUGAAAAUCGUUUAACUACGUCACUGCAGGUAUAUGGCAAUUAAAUAUAUCUCCUAUUAAUCGUAUGAUACCUACACAAUUUAUAAAUUAUAUUAUAACCGACUGUGUAGAUAAAAUUCGAUUAUUUUUUCGGUUUCAUUUGUUUGCCGUUUCAACAUUCUUGCUAGUGUGAUGUAGCAAUUAUAUUGAAAAUGUAAUAGGGAUUUCGAACUAUGAAUAACCCACUAAUAAAAAUCUCAGGCAUUAUUUCAUGAAAGAUAUUAAAAAUGCAAGUAUUCCAAUUGUCUGAAAAAUCAAUCAACAUUGGUGUUUAUAGAUAUCAUCGUAUAUAUACCUUAUUCGUACAGUUGAAUAUAGAGACAUCCCCAAAAAAAUCAUAUUUUUUCAGUCACGAAAAAUUGAAUAAUUAGACGAUUUAUCUUUUAUAUUAAUCAAUUAUAAGUACCUUAUAACCCUUUAACUGUAUAUGACAGAUAAAUUAUUACAAUUUAUUCACUUCGUGCUAAAAGAAAAAAACCAAACGGUGCUUAAGUUUGAUAAACAAGAGUAUUACGUUCGGCAAUGACCAGUGAUCAGUCUUCAACCUGUAAAAACUCAUCUGAAAAUCUUAUAUACAAAUAAAAUCCAAAUUUAUCAAUAAUCAACAUUAAAACAUUAUAUCCGCAUGUCAUAAUAUGUCACUUAACUUAAUCCUAACAUAUCCUAAAAACAAUAACUUAAACAUUAACCGAUUAUAUAAUAUCUAUAAAAAAAAACAUUGUACUUUACACAUUCCUACGUUAUUGUCUUUUAAGUUUUCUUAAUCACGAAAAAACAUGUCAAAAAAUUGUUACAACCAAGAUUUAUUAUUGGACGUUAUCUAUCACAAAGUAAUUUCAUUAUUAAGUACACGCAUAAGUCAUAAUAUACAUAUAUUUAAGACGAUUUUUAAUAAAACCACAAAACGAUUAAACAUUAAGGCAAAUAAACAAAAUGACUACUGGUCGGGAAUGCAAUGGUAAUAUAAAAUUAAUUCAUGUAACUUAAUAUAAAGUAAAUAUACAGGCGUAAAAUCUUAUUAAAACAAAAUUUAAAAUACAUGAAAUACCUUAAAUAUAACAAAUAGUUUUAAUUCAUAAACUCAUUCGAAUAUAUAUAAGCAGACAAAUAAUCAAUUCAUUGAAACAUCUUAGCUUUAAAUACUGUCGAUUUAAUACAGUAGUUGUAUACCAGAGACAAAUUUCGAUGGAUUAUUACGAUCCGAUUAAAAAUUUUAAACAUAUAUUUUCAUUUGUCACAAAUAAUCUCUUCAAUUCCUUAAUACGCAAUCAUGCUUCUUUUUGUAUUUCCAAAAACGAUUACAAUAGCUCUGUCAUAUUCAUUAACAAAUUAUAUCAGAAUAAAAGUGACAAAACACGAUAGUCCUACACAAAAACACGUCCAUUAUAACUUGACAUAAUUUUAUAAGGCACAUCUGUUACCAACUUAUUUAUUUUGAAACAAAAUAAAUCAGUUGAUAAAUACUCAAACGACAUUCUAGACAACACGAUUCUAGAAUCUAUACUAAUGUCACAAUUCUUAUGGGAUCUGUGAUAAAACAAAAUGGCGUCAUAAAAUUGAAAAAAAAAAA